AUGGCACCUCCUCGAGGUCGUGGUGGUAGCGGUGGUGGAUUCAGGGGCAGGGGUGAUGGAGGGAGAGGUGGAAGAGGAGGAGGCAGGUUUGGUGGUGGUGGAAGAGGCGGUGACAGAGGUGGUAGUGCCUUUAAAAGCCGUGGCGGAGGACGUGGCGGUGAUCGUGGCGGCCGUGGAGGAAGAGGCCGUGGUGGUGGAAGGGGAGGAAUGAAGGGUGGAAACAAAGUAGUUGUCGAGCCUCACAGACAUGAAGGGGUGUUCAUUGCCAAGGGUAAAGAAGAUGCUCUUGUAACCAAGAAUAUGGUGCCCGGGGAAGCUGUCUACAACGAGAAGAGGAUAUCUGUUCAGGAUGAGGAUGGAACAAAAGUUGAAUAUAGAAUUUGGAACCCUUUCCGUUCUAAGUUGGCUGCUGCUAUUCUCGGUGGUGUUGAUGAUAUAUGGAUUAAACCUGGUGCUCGUGUUCUCUACCUUGGUGCUGCUUCUGGCACCACAGUGUCUCAUGUGUCUGACAUUGUUGGCCCUACUGGAGUUGUUUAUGCAGUGGAGUUUUCUCAUAGAAGUGGCAGAGACUUGGUAAACAUGGCAAAGAAGCGCACGAAUGUUAUACCCAUUAUUGAAGAUGCCAGACAUCCAGCUAAAUAUCGUAUGCUUGUUGGCAUGGUUGAUGUGAUAUUUUCUGAUGUUGCACAACCUGAUCAGGCUAGGAUUGUAGCAUUGAAUGCGUCGUAUUUUCUCAAGGCUGGAGGUCACUUCGUUAUCUCAAUUAAGGCGAAUUGCAUUGAUUCAACCUCGCCUGCGGAAGCAGUGUUCCAACAGGAGGUGAAGAGGCUGCAGGCAGAUCAGUUUAAGCCUAUGGAACAAGUCACUCUUGAACCUUUCGAGCGCGACCAUGCUUGUGUUGUUGGUGGCUAUCGUGUACCAAAGAAGUCAAAAACUGCUGCUUAG